AUGAAUAAAUUAAUGUUUUUGACUUCUUUUCAUAAGUCUGCAUCAGGUUUAAGAAGAUUUGAACUUAAAGUUGUUAAACCUGAUGAUGAAACAAAUUUAUCUUAUGGACCAGCUGCUGUAAAAAGAACAUCUUCAGAUAGUAGCAGCACAAGUUCACUUACAAACAAACGUCCUAGACCAACUGACAAAGUUGUUGGAGCAUCAAAUUUAGCAUCAUCCAUUUAUACAUUUACAGAAGCUUCAAGUUCAGCGGGAGCUGAUCAUUCUCAUCAUUCUUAUGUCAACUCAUCACCCAGUAAAUCAUCAGGACUUUUAGUUAGACCAGCAUACGUUCCCAGACCUAAUUCUGUAGUAAACAUUUACCGAUUAGAAGUGUGUAGAGAUUUCGUGAAAGCGGGGGCAGUUAAAGGACAAACUCCAGCAGAUGUAGUGGCUGCUGCCGAUAUCACGUUUUGUUGUGUAUCAGAUCCCCAGGCUGCUAAAGAGAUGGUGUUUGGUAAUUGUGGAGUUCUUCAAGAGAUUCGUACAAAAAAAGGAUAUGUAGAAAUGACUUCUAUAGAUCCAGAAACAUCUCAAGAUAUUGCUGAAGCAAUUUUAACAAGAGGUGGUAGAUAUCUUGAAGCUUCUCUCUCUGGAUCAAAAGUUCCUGCAGAAGAAGGAGCAUUAAUAAUUCUUGCAGCUGGAGAAAGAUCACUUUUUAAUGAUUGUGCUACAUGCUUUCAGGCAAUGGGAAAGCAUGCCUUUUAUCUUGGUGAAGUUGGAAAUGGUUCCAAAAUGAAUUUGAUUAUCAAUAUGGUUUUGGGAACUGCUCUAGCUGGUCUGGCUGAAGCAAUGGCUUUGGCCGAUCGUGCAGGCUUGUCACAAAGAGAUCUCUUGGAAAUCAUGGAACUGGGCUCACUGAAUUGUCCUGCCAUCAUUGAAAAGGGAAAAGCGAUAAUCGAAGGAACAUUUCCCACCAACAUGCCACUUCAGCAUAUGCAAAAAGAUUUAAGUUUGGCACUGGGUCUGGGCGAUCAAUUAGAACAACCUUUACCUCUGACCGCAGCAGCAAACGAAGUAUACAAACACGCCAAACGUUUAAGCUAUGGCGAACACGACGUCUCCUCGGUGUACCUGCGAGCCCGAUUCUGAUGCCUUCCAACGAUCUGUUUCGAAAUCAGCCAUUUAUCUUAUCUAACAAAACUUGUGUAAGAGUGACGACACCACGUGGUCAAACCGGAGGCUGUUGUGUCUUGCCUUACACAUCCGGAUAAAAGUUACAGGCUCCGAGAAUGGCACACACAUUUGGACUGUUAAGAAAACAAAAAAAAAGAAAGAAAAUACUUCAAAAAAAUAACCAUAUGAUAAACAACUCCCAAUUUUAUUUCUUAUUUACCUGUGCCUGAUAUCACCCGAUGAUCAUCAUACAAUUUUUUUUAAUUAAUUCUAAAAAACCCUUCUCAUUUGAUGCACACGAAAAGUUGAAUCUAAGGGAGGGAGAUUUUUUCAUUGACGAUUCAAAUUUCGCUUCCCGCACACAUGAACACACACCACAAUUCAUAACAGAAAUUUAAACUUUCAUAAAAAAAAAGAAGAAGAAGAAAAAAAUGCAUCUCAUUAGACAUUUUCAUAAAACAUUAGGGAAAAAUUCGUAUAUAAUUUUCAAACAUAGAGGAAAAAAGAUGUAUAUUUAAUAGCUAAAUGGGGAGAAACUAUUUGAUGAUGAUGCGAAAUUCAUUUGCAGUUCAUACUCUUUUUAUCUAUUAAUAUACAAUUCAUUGCAUUGUGUAACCAUUUAAAAAGAUCAGUAAAAUUAUGGAAAUUCCUUGGAAUUUUUAGAUAAUUUUAAGGAAAUCAGCAGAUAAGAUUUUUAUUCUUUAGAAGUGAUUAAUUCCGAAAAAAGAGCUUUAUUUAGUGAACGUUACGUUUGUCAUCCCGUCGUCCGUGUCGACCAAACAUGAGAUGUGUAUCAUUUUAAUUCAUCCAAAGCACAUCAAUUUUUCUCAGUCAUUAAACUUGAGAAAAAACAGUUGUAUCGUGUGCUGUCAUCCGCCUAUAUCUUUUGUAUACCUUAAAAAUCUCUGUAUCUCAAUAAAAAAAAACAAAGAUAAUUAUUAUAA